GGGGGGGGGGGUGAGUACGGGAUCGAGGGGAGCCGCGCCGCCGCUUGGGCGUUGGCGGGUGUUCCCACGCCGAUGCCGCAGUGGCGCCGCCGUGAGUCGUAUCAGUUGCGGGCGGGGGUCUACCGUCGGUGGUUAAGCGGAUGCAUUGCAAUCCAUUCUGACCCUCCGCGGGCAACGAAUUUAGCAACCUCCGUGUGGGAUAGUUGCAAGAAUAAAAUGGAUGACGGUUCCAUCUUCCAUGAAUUGAGACAGUCGCAUCAAAAUAAAUUGUUGAUAGCAUCAUGAGUGCUUACAACUUUGAUACUGACGGAAGCAGAAAUUGCUUGCUUCUUCACCGAUCCAGAGCAUUGCCACGGUGCUGUAGCUGUCAUGGAAGAUGCCAUCAGUAUUGCUGCCGUCGUGGAUGCGACGCGAUGAAGAUGUCGUCCUUGCCGAGGGAAAGUUACUGCAUCGCCAAGCCAUGAAAGUCAAGCAGAGCCUGGAAUACAUUUGAAGGUUUGGAGUCUGAAGUUGCCUGCAGACUACGACGCCAAGCCAUGGAAGUCAAGCAGAGCCUGGAAUCCAUGUGAAGGUGUAACACUGCAUCUUCUAUUUAUAGCAUCCUAUACUCCAGCAACAUCCAAGUGCAUCUCCUGUAGCUACUACUUUCCUCAUGGCCAGAGCAAUGAAAUUUCUCUGCGUCUUCCUGCUGUUGUGCCCCUUCUCCCUUGCCCUGGUGUCCCUUGGGAGCACCACUAAUUCAACAGACGAGCUCGCGCUCCUCUCUUUCAAGUCCAUGGUGUCUUCCAGCCCGCCCAGUUUGCUGGGCUCAUGGAACUCUUCCAGCCACUUCUGCAGCUGGCCAGGAGUUGUGUGUGGCCACCGGCAUCCUGACAGAGUGGUGGCGCUCAGCAUGGGCUCCUUCAACCUAUCAGGACGCAUCUCGCCAUCCUUAGGCAACCUAUCCUUUCUAACGGAACUGAACCUUGCUGACAACCAGCUCGUGGGAGGAAUACCGGGUGAGCUCGGUCAUCUUGCCAGGCUUCAGCUGCUGAAUGUGACCAGGAAUUAUCUUCAAGGGAGCAUUCCAGUGACCUUGGGAGGAUGCACCAAGCUCAAAGUGCUUGAUCUGAGCGCUAACAGACUCCAAGGUGAGAUCCCUUGGCCUCUAGACAGCUUCCCAUCGAUCGAAUAUUUGUACUUGUACAAGAACAGAUUAUCUGGUGACAUACCACCAUCUUUGGGCAAUCUCACCAACCUCCAGCAACUUGAACUCCAUGAAAACAUGUUAUCUGGAGCUAUCCCAUCAUCUUUGGGCAUGUUGUCCAGCUUGUCUCUGCUCAGCUUAGGCUACAACAACUUAAGUGGCCCGAUCCCAACUUCGCUUUGGAACAUUUCCACUCUUACGAAGCUCUCGGUCCAGCGCAACAUGCUAAGUGGAACAAUUCCUCCAAAUUCAUUCAAUAACCUUCCCCAUAUCCAGGUUCUAUACAUGGACAACAACAAUUUUCAUGGCCCUAUCCCAGCCUCAAUAUCCAAUGCUUCGAGUAUGGUGGAUUUUCAGCCUGCACAUAAUUUUUUCAGUGGAAUCAUACCUUCAGAGAUUGGAAGGUUAAGAAACCUUAUUUUGCUGCAGCUCAACUGGAAUCUGCUUGAAGCUAAAGAACCAAAAGAUUGGGAAUUCAUAACUGCAUUAACAAAUUGCUCCAGGCUGCAGAUUUUGGGAUUGUCCGGCAACAAAUUUGGGGGAGUCCUUCCUGAUUCGUUUUCCAAUCUUUCAGCUUCGCUAACGUAUAUUGACUUAGAGGACAACCAAAUCUCUGGAAGCAUCCCUGAUGGCAUCGGUAAUCUCCUUAACUUGCAAAUUCUCGCACUCGAUAUCAACUUGUUCACAGAAUCUCUUCCCUCUUCCUUGUUUAGGCUAAAAAAUUUGGUUGUUCUGUACGUAGAUUAUAACAAUAUAGGAGGGACAAUCCCAAUGGCCAUAGGGAAUCUUACAGAACUAAAUGAUCUAUUGCUCAAUUCAAAUGCCUUUAGCUCUACAAUACCAGAAACACUUGGAAACCUGACAAAGUUGGUGGAGCUGGAUAUGUCAAGUAACUACUUGACAGGUCCAGUUCCCAGUACAAUAUUCAACAUUGCCACACUCUCCCGUUAUCUGGAUUUAUCUAACAAUAACUUGGAGGGAAAGUUACCAGAGGAAAUAGGGAAUCUAAAAAAUCUCAUAAAAUUCAAUGCAGAGUCCAACAAGUUAUCAGGGGAAAUCCCUGCUACCAUUGGUGAAUGUCAACUUCUUCAGUAUCUCUCUCUCAAAAAUAACACAUUCAAUGGCAGUAUCCCAUUAAUCUUAAGUAAAUUGAAAGCUAUAGAAUUUGUUGAUCUCUCAAGCAACAAUUUGUCAGGCCCGAUACCCAAAUCCUUAGGGAACCUCACCAUGCUCCGCUACCUCAACCUUUCAUUCAACAACAUAUCUGGAGAGGUACCAAAUUUUGGUAUUUUUGCAAAUAUUACUGCAAUCUCAGUAGAAAGCAAUGGCAAACUCUGUGGUGGCAUAAAUGAUCUGCAUCUGCCCACAUGUUCGUUCCAAUUACCAAAGAAAAAACAUAAAUUCCUAGUUAUUCCUAUUGUCAUUUCUCUUGUGACAACACUAGUCGCACUUCCUUCAAUCAUCAUGCUGUGUAUUUGGCACAAGAAAAGAAAAAGUAAAAUCCCACCAACACAUCACUCCGUGCAAGGCCACCCGUUGGUAUCUUAUUCACAGCUGGUAAGAGCAACAAAUGGUUUUUCAGAAACUAAUUUGUUGGGCUCGGGGUCAUUUGGAACUGUAUACAGAGGAGAAAUGAAUGGUCAAGAAGGUGAAACUACAAAUCUUGUUGCUGUGAAGGUAUUGAAACUUCAAACUCCCAAGGCACUCGAGAGUUUCACUGCCGAAUGUGAAGCGCUACGUGGUUUGCGACAUCGGAAUCUUGUCAAGAUAAUUACAAUUUGCUCAAGCAUCGAUAGCAGAGGCAAUGAUUUCAAAGCGAUUGUGUAUGACUUCAUGCGCAAUGGUAGCUUAGAUCGUUGGCUACAUCCAGAUGCAAAUGAUCUUGCAGAGCAAAGAGAGUUGAACCUCCUGGAAAGAGUGACCAUACUCCUUGAUGUGGCUUAUGCAUUGGACUACCUUCACUGCCAUGGACCUGAACCUGUUGUGCAUUGUGAUCUUAAGUCAAGUAAUGUUCUUUUGGAUGCUGAUAUGGUAGCCCAUGUUGGGGACUUCGGGCUUGCUAAGAUUCUUGUUGAGAGAAGCUCGCUGCAUCAUUCAACAAGCUCAAUGGGAUUCAGAGGGACAAUUGGAUAUGCUGCCCCAGAGUAUGGUGCUGGGAACAUGGUGUCGACAUAUGGAGACAUCUAUAGUUAUGGAAUUUUAGUAUUGGAAACCAUAACUGGGAGGAGGCCCACUGAGAGUGCAUUCCGACAAGGAUUGAGCCUCCGUGAACAAGUUGAUCUGGCCCUGCAGGACAGGAACAGGAUUGUGGAUGCUGUUGACACACCCCUGUCACUGGACCUUCUAAAUGAACUUCGCACCGUUGGUGAAUCAGCAUACAAGAGGAAGACUGAUUGUGUCAUUUCACUUCUUAGAGUUGGAAUGUCCUGCACCCAGGAAUCGCCGUCGAGCAGAACGUCAACUGGAGACAUCAUCAAAGAGCUGCUUGCAAUCAAAGAUGCUCUCCUGAGAGUGAGAGAACACAGAACAUGACAGGUGGAUGAUAUGCCAACGCUGCGACACAGAACAUGACAGGUGGAUGAUAUGCCAACGCUGCGACAGUUUCAUGUGCACAUGGACAGUACCAUUUUCCUUAUCAAGUGCCUGCAGCUUUUUUAGAAAAUGGGAAAGAUAUCUGCAACUUAUUUUUUUAAGAGGAGGAACGUGGAACGGUUUCUUUUUGUAUUCCUUUGCAGAGUUGAUAGCUUCAGCCAUGAGCCAAUGAGGCUACACGGUCGCAUAGUAUAUGUAUUGUUCAUGAUGUGCACUGGCACAUUCAUACCUGUUUUUGGUGAUGCAAUUGUAUCCGGAGAUGUUAACGACGUUGAGGGUGGGCACCUGCCGCUAUGGGCACCCGAUGUUUUCCGUUUCAGCAAUUGGCUUGGUUUCCUGGAAGAAAAUCUAAUACAUUGCCAAAUCGCCGAUGAAUUGAUGCAUC